GCCUUCAGUCUCGCCUCGUCUGUUGUGGUGCUUUACAAAUUAUUUUCUGAUCGCCUAUUCAGUUUAAUUUCUAGGUCGUCAGAAACGACGCAUAAAAGAUAAUUAAUCGGAUCCUUUUUUGGAAGGAAAGUUUCUAAUAUCGUGAAUUCAAAUAUUUUUCCUCUUUUUCAACAAAUUUGCAGCCCAUUGUGCGUUGAUUAGGAAGCUGGUAUGAUAAUGAAGAUACCAAAUAGUGGAUCCGGUAACGGAUUUUAUGGCCAUGAUAAUGGCGUAAUAUCUUACCUGGAUAAUGUAGAAGCAGAAGCUGACGUUCAAGCAGGAGGUGAUGGAGAUUUUUCGGAGUACAUGUGGAUGGAAAAUGAAGAAGAAUUCGAUAAACAAGUUCUUCAACAACUUGAAGAGGAAGAACUCAUGGAAGAGUGCUUAGAAGCUAUGUUAGAAGAAGAAAGGCAACAGAGAAAUUUAAAUUCUGCAGCUUGGUCGACUGCUACUAGCACUCUUGAAAACAACGGGGCCGAAUUAAGUCAACAACUGAGCAGUCUUAGAGUUCAUGACGACCUUGCGAAACGAAGUACGUUAAAUCCUGACGCAGCAGAAUUUGUGCCGUCGUUUAAGACAACCGUAUCAACGAGUUCGACACCUGAGGUUAAUGCCAAGUCGUCGUAGAGGAGGCCCUCUAAUGUCUGAUUACAGCAAAAAUAAUAUGGGCUGCAGAAAUGUCCGGAAUCCCUGAAGCACAGUUAAACGUUUAUUUUAACUGAAUCUUAUUAUCUUACUAGAUUUUUACAUGCCAACAUGAUGUGCGUACAAAUGAAAGUGUGCAGAAUCUAUAUAAUUUAAGUGAAAUGGUUAACAUCUGGUAGCAUAUGAUUUUGAAAAACUUUAAUAUUUAACUUAAUUGGUUUACGAAAAACCAUAUGCAUUUUUUUGUACAAAGAUAAACAAGACGGUUAACUUAAUCAUAAAGAGUGCAAAUAUGAAAUUUAAUAUUUUUCUCUAGCAUUAACUUUUCCAAAUCUGACGUAACGGUCCAAUCAGUUCGUUUUAAUUUCCUUCAACUAUGCAUAAUAUUUUAGAAUAAUCUAAUUAAAUACGAACUUAUGUUAAGAGUCAAUAUAUUUUUAAGUUUCUCUCCUACUUGAAAAAAAAAUUCAAAUACAAUAUUACAAUUGACAAAAUUUUGAUAAUUGGUAUAUUUUAAGUUAAACGAAUCUUAGUAAUUUUUCAUAUAUCAAACAUGUAAAUUGGAAUUGUUCGAAUGUGGAUUCUGGGUUCUGAUUUGCCUAUUGUUUUAAAUAGACUUAAAAGAUCUCAAACGAAAGUCUAACUCAGGCUGUGAGGGACUCUCUCAGUGGCUCUUUGAAUAUUUAUUGAGUCACUUCAUCGCUUACUUACAUUGUAGAAUAGUUUCUAUAAAAAAAAAAAAAAGAAA